AUGUGUCGUCCUCCUGAUCUACUCCCCCAGGUCGCGAACUUUCAGCAGCAGCCCGCUGGCGCUGCUGCUGUUCGCGGCGGCGGCUAUGAUCUCGCUCGGGCCGCAGCUGCCCUCGCUCGGGGCAGCGUGGCACCACCCGCCACGGGCUUGCCUGUCUACUCUCGCGCUCCGGGCGCCGCAAUUGGCUCCGUUUCUGUCUCUGGGAGAAAUGGAUCUCUCCUGGCCGCCCCGCAGCUGCCACUGAAACGACCGCUUGCUUCGUGCGCCGGCCCACAGCUCACGUCUCCAUUCCAAGUGCCCGCCAAGAUAAUGCGCCAGACGGCGUCCGUCUCUUCCGAAUUCGACAACGCCGCGUCCAACUUUAUAGCGCGUAUGGAGCAGUCCGUUAUUGAGGACAUCAAGAAGCAGCAGCAGCAGCAGCAGCAGCAGCAACAGCAGCAGAAGCUCCUCGAGUACCUCUCCCAGUCGCAGCAGUUGUCCGGGCGCCCUGUUCCCUUCCCCGCGCCCACUCCCCCCCCGUCCUCCGCCAUGGACUCCUGGAUCCGCGCGGCCGCGGGGAUUUCUGGGGUAUCCGCAACCGGUAACUCCGCUGCGCUCUCCGGCCCGCUUGCCGGCGCAGUAACCGGCCUUCCUGCCGCGAGUAUGCUCUCCGCGGCGUCGGUUGCCGCUCCCAUGCCGGCAACCGUGUCGGGGGUUCCGUUCCUCCCCCUCGCGGCGCAACUUGCUCCUUCUGGCCCGUCGAAUUCUACACUCGGCGGCGGCGACUUCGCGAGUACCUUGAUGGGGGUGGAGGUCGAGACGGAGGAGAAGAAGACCAAGCGCAUCAUGUCGAACCGCGCGUCGGCGAAGCGCUCUCGCCAGCGGCGCCAGGAGCGGCUGGAGGAGCUGGAGCGCGAGACGGAGGUGCUGCACGCCGACCACGCACAGGUGGUGGCGAAGCUGGGGCGCGCGACGCAGCAGAUGAGCCGGCUGGAGAUGGAGAACAGUCGCCUCAUGGCGGAGCUCGCCGCGCUGCGCAAGGCGGCUGCCAGCGCGGGCAUUCCGCUCAAUGUCGAGGAUGGCGCAGCAGCAACGGCCGCAGCUGGAGCGGCGGGUGAGAGCAGCGCCAACAACAGCGGUAGCGCAGAUGAUCUUAAGAACCCGCCUGCUCCCAGCGUCUUCGCGGAUCUUCUGCCACCUAACCAGCAGGAGACGACCGCUGAAGAGGCCGGAAUCGCUGCUGCUGCUGCUGCUGCUGCUGCUGACGCUGCCAAGACUGAGGCUGUUGUGAUGAAGGGCGCGUUCGCGUUUGAGCAGGGAUCGCCCAAGAGUGCUGUGACUGACUGGAGCAAUGAGCAACAGGAGUCUGCUGCUGCCGGUGCGGAAGGGGAGGGCGAGGACUUGGCCGGGUUGCUGCUGGGUGGGCUGGACUGCGGCGGCAUUGGUGGCAUUAUGGAGGAUGAGCUCUUCUCCAGCCUGCUCUCGUGCUUCGACGCCACUGCUUAG